AUGACUCUCGCCGUCCCCGUCCCGCAUUCAGCGCCGGGAGCGCUCGACAAGAUCGCGACAAUUGAGGAUGUUGCCGCUGCGUCGAAGAAGGAUGGCGACGUGCGCACGGCGCCGGAUGCGGGAUUGAGGAGUUUGGACCACUACAAAAGAGCGCUUCCGACCUGGCGGUAUGCCGUUCGACAGUUCCUCCUCCCCAUUAUCCGGUGGGAGACGCCGUACCUGGCCUAUUUCCAGGGCGCGGUUCGAACGCCGCUUCUCGAUAGUUACUUUGCCAUCACCGCAAACCUUGGUACCCAUACGUUCUACAUGGUUGGCCUUCCUCUACUAUUCUGGUGCGGUUAUUCGUCGUACGGAAAGGCACUUGUCCAUGUCCUCGCAUCCGGCGUCUUCUUCACCGGUUUUAUAAAAGACAUGCUCUCGCUUCCCCGACCCUUGUCUCCUCCCCUACACCGAAUUACCAUGACCGGAUAUGCCGCCUUAGAAUACGGCUUCCCGUCAACCCAUAGCGCCAAUGCCGUCUCCGUAGCAGCGUAUGCGCUCCUCCUCCUCCGAGACCCCGAAAACACUCUCUCCGAAGGCACGAAGACGGGCCUCGAAUACCUCGCCUACUUUUACGCAUUUUCCAUUGUCAUUGGCCGACUUUACUGCGGCAUGCAUGGGUUCCUAGACGUAAUAUUCGGUUCAAUUCUCGGCCUUUUCAUAGGCGUCGUCGAGUUCUACUACGGCCCUGAAUUAGAUCUGUACAUGUACAAUAGUUCGUGGUUCGCGCCACUCAUCGCCACUCUCAUUAUCAUUGCCCUGGUCCGCAUACAUCCCGAGCCUGCUGACGACUGCCCCUGCUUCGACGACAGCGUCGCCUUCGCCGGCGUCGUCAUCGGUCUCGAGUGCGGCACGUGGACCUAUGGCCGAACGGCCUGGGACCCUUUCAUCGGCCACGCUCACGGCCUCCAAUCCAUGGACGUCACGAAGCUCUCCUGGUACAUCCUCCUCGCGCGGCUCGUCAUCGGCGUCGCCAUCAUCUUCGUCUGGAGGGAAGUCACGAAGCCGGCGCUGCUCAAGUUCCUGCCGCACAUAUUCCGCGUCAUCACGCGCGCCGGCUGGAUCCUGCCGAGACGCUUCUUCAAGCCCGCCUCGCAGUACCAGACGGUCUCGCCGAAGCUACGGCUCGAUAACGUUUUCCCUGCUGUUUCAGACCUGCCGCGCGUGGUGGAGAGUAUGCGCCACCCCAACAGCCGCGGCAGAUCCGUGUCUGUCGGUCCGCAGAGCGCCGCUGAUGCGUACGAGACGCUCGCCUACCGUGAGCGGAGGAGGAGGGAGAGCAUCGGAAGCAAUGGGAGCUUGAGGAGCAAGUCGAGUCUUACGGACUUGAAGGAGAAGAGCGGCGGCCACGAGGAGGUAAAUAAGGUGCACGAGACGAGGCAGAGUCUGCUGAAGCAGUACGAGAGCAUGAUGGGUGAGGGCGAGGUGCUCGUUUCGCGGACGGGCGAGAAUGGGAAGGUGGAUGUGUAUGCGGCCAGAGGGGACGGCCUUGAUGAGACGGAGAUGUUCUCGAGGCUAGUGAGGCCGCGGGUGAGGUACGACGUGGAAGUUGUGACCAAGUUGGUGGUCUACGCAGGCAUCGGUUGGUUAAGCACGUCGAUUAUACCUGUGAUCCUAGAGCUCAUAGGCUUGGGCGAGAGCCACCUUCGCUAA